AUGGGCGUGCCUCGUCUCCUGGUACCCGUGCUGCUGCUGCUGCUACUCGUCGUGCUCGUGGUGGCCGCAGCCUCGGAGGCUCGCGGCUCGGCCAGUGCGGCCGUGUGCGACGCCGAGGGCGAGUGCCGACCGGCAGCAGAUUUCUCAAUCCCCAAAUUCAAAGAGGAAACAACCAAAGAUGAAGAUGACGAUGACGAUGAUGAAGAUGCGGCGCCCAAGUUGAAGCAAGCCCUGACCGCGCUGAUGAAGUGGGUGGUCGAUGCCGGGGGCGACGACGAACUGCCGGUGGCGCUGGUGGCGACGUGGGCGACGCCCGAGGUGGUGGUCGAGGCCCAGGGCACCCCCAACGUGCCCUGGCGCGGCCGCUACGAGGGCACCCGCGCCGCCGCCGCCUUCCUGCGCCGCCUCCGCCGCGGCAUGAACGCCACGGCCGCCGCCAGCACGAACGCCACCUUAACCGAUGACGCCGCGGCGGGUCUACAGUGGUCAACUGCCGCGGCCGGCGCGGGGGCAGAGGUGGGCCUGGUGGUAGGGUGGGAGCCGCCGGCGGCCGCGUCGUCCGAGUGCGGCGCAUGGCUGAUGGCCUGGGCCGACGCCGGCAGCGGCAGUGGCAGUGGCGUGGGUGCCAAGCUGGCCCGGCUGGUGCGUACGUUCGACGGCGCCUUCGCACACUUCUUCCGCAAGGACUACGACGCCUUCCGCACCUCGUUCGCCCCCGACCUGGUCCUGACCUGGCACGCCGACCCGCCGGUGGGCAAGGUGUUCCACGGCAAUGGCGAGGAGGGGCUGAUGGCCUUUAUUCACAGCCGCGUGCAGAUCUUCCUCCAGACAAAUGUGGAGUUCGACCCCAUUGUCUCCGACGAGUCCAGCGCCUCCUACUACGUGGUGUUCCGUCCGUUGACGGUCCGGGCCACGGGCCAGGAGUUCGGAGAGGUGCGCGGGCUGCUGGUGGUUCACAUCAACGAGGCGGGCCUCAUCGACCAGUACCACAUGACCGUCCUCGACCACCGCGUCAACGCCGCCCUCGCCCGAUCGGUCCCCGAGUAG